AUGUAACAUUUAUUUUGAGAUAUCUGUAAUGGCUGUAGUGUUACAUAAAUAAUUCUGAUCACCGGUGCUGCUAAUCCACCUGAUUUUUUUUUCUUAUUUUUAUAAUUUAGGAAAUGCUAAAUUUCAGUUAGAAGUUAGUGAAAAAUCUUCAGUUUGGAGAUACCUUGAGAGUCUAUGGACCUCAGAUCUCCUCAUAUUUUGGAUUCUGGCAAUGUUAUGAUGAAUGACACUUUGACAUCAGAUGUCAUUGGUCGGAGAGUCGAAGUUAAUGGAGAACAUGCAACAGUGCGUUUUUCUGGCGUUGUCCCUCCUAUGGCAGGACUCUGGUUAGGAGUAGAAUGGGACAAUCCUGAGAGGGGAAAGCAUGAUGGAAGCCACGAAGGGACUGUGUAUUUUAAAUGCAGGCACCCAACGGGAGGUUCCUUCAUUCGUCCAAACAAAGUAAAUUUUGGAGUAGACUUUCUCACUGCAAUUAAGAACCGCUAUACUUUAGAGGAUGAACCAGAGGAAGAGGGAAAAGAGCAAAUUGUUACAAUUGGAAAUAAACCUGUGGAAACCAUUGGUUUUGACUCUGUUGUAAAACAGCAAAGUCAGCUGAGCAAGUUGCAGGAAGUUUCUUUGAGGAACUGCGCAGUAAAUGGUCCUGGUGACAAAGGAGGAAUUGCCAAAGCUUGUCCUAAUGUUAGAAGCAUAGAUUUGUCAAAAAACCUGUUGUCAUCAUGGGAUGAAGUCGUAGAUAUUGCUGAUCAGCUCAAGCACCUGGAAGUCCUUAAUCUCAGUGAAAACAAACUAAAAUUUCCCUCCGGUUCACCACCUCCAACUGGAACAUUUUCUGCAUUGAAGGUUUUAGUCCUUAACCGGAUAGGAAUCACAUGGACGGAGGUGCUCCACUGCGCCUCCAGGUGUCCUGUCCUUGAGAAACUGUACCUUGAGUCCAACGGUAUCGUCAUUUCAGAAAGGCCGACUGAUGUUCUCCAGACGGUCAAGUUGUUAGACCUUUCUUCUAAUCAAUUAAUUGAUGAAAACCAGCUGUUUCUCAUAGCAUAUAUGCCCAGAUUAGAACAACUAAUCCUUUCUGACAUUGGACUUGCUUCUAUACAUUUUCCAGACGCUGGAAUUGGGUGCAAAACAUCAAUGUUUCCUUCCUUGCAAUACCUUGUACUAAAUGACAAUCGCAUAUCACAGUGGUCAUCUAUCAACGAGCUGGAUAAGUUACAGAGUCUGCAUGCGCUGUCCUGCACCAGAAACCCCCUGACUGAAAGCAGCAAAGACGCACAGACCACACGGCAGUUCAUCAUCGCCAGGAUCGGUCAGCUGAGGACCCUGAACAAGUGUGCGAUUCAACGAGAGGAAAGGCGUGGGGCUGAGCUUGAUUACCGAAAAGCAUUCGGAAAUGAAUGGAAAAAGGCUGGUGGACAUCAAGAUCCAGACAAAAACAGACCAAACGAGGAAUUUCUUGCAGCCCAUCCCAGAUACCAGUCACUCUGCCUCAAAUAUGGCGCACCUGAAGAUGGGGAACUCAAAGUGCAACAACCAUUUUUGCUCAAAAACCAGCUACUAACACUGAAGAUAAAACAUCCUAAUCAACUUGAUCAGAAAGUCAUAGAGAAACAACUGCCAGAAUCCAUGACAAUUCAAAAGGUGAAAGGCUUGCUGUCACGUCUCCUCAGAGUUCCUGUGUCAGAACUUCUGUUGUCCUAUGAAAGUCCCAAAAUGCCGGGCAGAGAGAUUGAACUAGAAAAUGAUCAACAGUCAUUACAGUUUUAUUCUGUGGAAAAUGGAGACUGUCUAUUAGUGCGAUGGUAACAGCCAACUAAUAAAAUUCAGAGUGUUCACAUUAUGGAUCAGCUCAUCGAAAUAGUAAAGCGGCAGCAUUUUAGAAGAUCAGUCCUCACGAAGAACCAGGAUACAACAGAUCACAUCCCAGGUGCACAGUGCUCUUAGGUUUGUGUGUUUUUUAAAAAAUCUCAGUGAUUUGAUGUUGAUAAAUUGUUUCUACAUCAAAAGAAAAAUAAAACAAUACCUACCCAACAUUUUUAUAACCUACCACUUA